AGUCAAAAUAAACCCCGCACAUUCAGUCUUGCCUUUCUUUCUUUCCUUUUAUUCCAUCUGAGAAAGCUCUCUUUUUCGCGAGGGUAGGAAUAGGAAUCAUAACAGGGAGGACGAUUUUUCUCCUUGUUUUGUGAUUUGGUUUGAAUCUGGCCAAAAUGGGUAAUCUUUGAACUUUUCUGCUGAAGGAUUGAACGUUUUGGAAUCUGGAGUUUCAAUUCGUAGAUAGAAUAAAGCAUUCCUAGCGUCUCAAAAGCCCUUUUUUGGCGUCUUGGAAUUAUUUCAAAUGGAUGGGAAAAGAGAUCGCGGUGAUGGGUUAUCCUUGAUUUCAGACAAGGAGGAUCGUUUAGAAGACGAUGAAGAAGAGUUUAGAAGCUGCUAUGGAGAUGAUGAAGAUAAAGUGGAGGAAGAGUGUGAAGUAUCUGAGAAAGAUCUCCAUGAACUGUUUGAGGAGGAGUUGAAGAAGAGCCCGGAGGGAUCAGAGGAGUUAGUUGUGGAAGAAGAACACGAUGAGGAGGAAGAUGAAAGUGAAACCUCUGAGGUAGAUCUUGAUGAUCAGUCUGGGAUUGAGUUGCCGGAAGGGCCGGGACGAGAGGAUAAGGAAUUGAGAAUUGAAAACCCUGAGAUAUGUCUUGAUGAACAUUCUGUAAAAUUGUACUUCAAAGGCAUUUCUGUAAGUGGCCCUGGUGAUUCCCGGUCAUCUGGAAUCGGAGUGGUUAUGGAGAGGAAUAUAAGCACCACUCCUAUGGAAGUGCAGAAAAAACUUGGUUUCUUUGUGGAUCAGUUGACUGCAGAUUAUUUAGCCUUAAUGGAUGGGCUGGCACAUGCUGCUCAAAAUAAAAUUAGGCGAGUGUGUGCUGUUACAGACUCUGAGAUUCUAUACAAUCAGAUUAUGCAUGAAAAGGCGAUUGAGAAUCCUCUCCUCAUUGCGCUGAGGAUGAGGAUAUUAGACUAUGUCAAUGACUUGGAAGUAUUUGUUCUAAACGUUGCUCGGAGUAGUAGUGAUCUUGCAAGAGCAUUGGAGCUUGCUCGAGUUGCAAUAGGUGUUGUUUCCCAGUGUCUCAAGGGAGAUGAAUCAACAGAAAGAUGUCCUAUAUGUUGUGAGGACAAGCUCAAAUCGAUGAUCAUGACUUUGAAAUGCUCCCACAAAUUCUGUUCUCAUUGCCUGAAGGCUUACGUUGAAGGGAAAGUAAAAUCUGCAGAAAUUCCUAUUAGGUGCCCUCAUCUGAGCUGCACGCGUUAUAUCUCAUCGGUACAAUGUAAAUAUUUUUUGCCAGUUGCAUCGUAUGAAUCAUUGGAGAGAAUCCUUGCGGAAGCGUAUGCUUUCUAUAAAGAUAGAUAUAUCUGCCCAUAUUCUAGCUGUUUAGGUUAUGUUGAUUCUCAUGAAUACUUUUCAAGAAGGACGUGCUCACUCCACGACCCUGACAAGAAGCGCAUGCAGUGCCCUUCUUGUCAGAGGUAUAUAUGUGUGGAUUGUAUCGCGCCUUGGCACCCUUCAGUCACAUGUGAAAGGUCCCAACAUCUACCACUGGAUGAAAGGGAUGCUGCAAGUCAAAGGCGUACAUGUUGUUUACAUUGCCGGUCGAUGAUUGUGCCUGCACAUGGCUGCUACCACGUCACUUGCGAGGGGUGCGGGUACGAGUUCUGCUAUUCAUGUGGUGCAGAGUACAGUGAUGGUGAGCAGACGUGCACGUGCAGGUUCAGGGACGAAAACUACUACCCGCGGGAGCUGCCCCCACACCUGCAACGGCUUGAUGACCAGCACUUGGGAUGGGACUCUUUCCAGCCUGUUCCCAUGAUCAUGGACGCGUAUUCAGACGAAGAGAGGUCCCAACUGGAACUCAUCCAGAGGUUUCUUGCCGGAAGCUUCAGCUUGACUGCCGCCACCACAACCACCGCGGACCACCACCAAUCCCACCCUCCUCCUCCCCCCUCGCAGGCUUACGUGGACCCCAUGAAGGAUCUUCACCAGCUCCCUUGGCUUGAGCGCUUCGUCUCUCUCAUCAACGACAACAGUUACUAUGAAGACACACUACAGUGAACAGCCCGAAUUAAUAUGGCUAUUUCCUUGGAAACAAAUAAAAUCUGUUUGGUAUGGAUGGAGAUGCAGAGAAUCUCACUCUGGACAAACUUACAUGGCUCCUUAUUGUAGAUUAAUAUGGCGCUUGCUUUUCUUUUUUUUAAUAGACGUUUUAUCACUAUGGAUAACAUAAUAUGCUGCUCUCUCAUCUUAGAAGAGAGCCUCAUACAGAAAUACACAUGUAAUCACUUG